AUGACUGAAAUCUCUGCAGUAUCAAGAGUAUUCUCAAUCCCAGAGCUUUUUCAGGAAAUAUUAUCUUAUCUUCCUCAAUCAUGUCUAUUGGUUACAGUACAACUCGUUUGCAAAAAUUGGGCGAUAGCCCUCACCUCACCAUCACUUGAAAGAGCUCUUUGCUUUCGACCUGCGAUUCAUAAUGGGCCAUCGACAUGGUCAAGUCUUUUAGAACAGCAAUUCGGUGUAUUUUUUGAUUUCAGCCUCACAUCGAAUCGAAAUGUAAUUGACUCAGCCGCAUUUGACAAUCUACCUUGGAAGCGAAAUCUCGCGGCAUUUAAGAGAGCUGACGCAAGCUGGCGCGAUAUGCUCGUAUUCCAACCCCCUGCAUAUGAAUUUGCGAUAGAGAGAAUUAAGCAUGAUCGAGGCGGUCUUUCACAUCAGACAGUCAUUCUCCCAUGUCCAGAUGGACUUCGAAUGGGAAUGGUUUGGGAUAUCGCGCAAGAAUGGUGCUUGAGACGAAAACAUUGGUUACAAAUGACAGGUCCUGAGUACGAAAAAGAAUAUCGAAACCCCGAGGUUGGAUAUGCUGAACCGAUGAUUCCAAAGAUGAUCCUUCAUUGGCAUAUUACUUGUCCUCGUCGAGGUUCACGGGCUAGUUUAGAUGAUGAUUGGGUUAGUAGGGGUAGAGAGGAGAUUGACUUGUUUGAGAUAUAG